UUACAUGGUACCAGGAGUGGUCCAACAGAUGUCAUGGAAAGUGUGAAGCCGCCUGAACCUCUGAAUUGGACGGGAAAUGUGGACUGCGAGUGGCGAACGUUUAAGCAACGAUUUAAGCUGUAUCUGCAGGCACUGGGCCUGGACACAAAGCCAGACGCGCGGAAAAUAGCACUGCUUCUCACCGUCGCGGGACCUCAGGCUGUGGAGGUAUAUAAUACGUUCAUAUUUGCUGAAAGGGAUCACCAGGAACAGUUCGACAAGGUUGUGGACAAAUUUGAUGAACACUGUUCACCAAAGAAGAACGAGACCUUCGAGCGGUAUGUGUUUCGAUCCCGCAUGCAAUUGCAAGGUGAAAGUUUUGAUGCUUUUGUGACGGACUUGAAAUUGAAAGCAAGAACAUGUAACUUCGGAGACUUGAAAGACUCAAUGAUUCGUGACCAAAUAGUGUUCGGAGUGAUCGAAAAAAAAAUGAGAGAGAGGUUACUACGGGAGCCUGAACUGAAGUUAGCUGAUGCUAUCAAAAUUGGCAACGCCAGCGAACUUGCUCAGCAGCAUGCAAAAAUAUUUAGCGGUCAGAAGGAUCAGGAGAGUGCAACGACGCACGUGGCUGCAGUGCAUAAGCAAAUUCAAAGACAGAAAAAACAGAGUAAACCACAAAAAGACACAGAGACAUUUUCCUGCAAAAGAUGUGGCAAUCAGCAUGCACCUAAACAGUGCCCUGCAUUUGGCAAAAUGUGUAGCAAAUGUAAAGGAAAGAAUCACUUUGCCAAGCAAUGCUUUUCAAAAUGGAAACAGAGUGGCAGUGAUCGAGUCCACACAGUGGAGGAAACGGAGCUUGCUGAUUCGUUCUUUGUCGGCAUGGUAGCGCAGCAUGAGGAUGGCAUGGCAGCACAGCCAAAAGACAUUGGACAGUGCACAAAUGCAACCUGUGCUGGAAAGGACAAGUGGAGUGUGCCACUGGAGAUAAAUGGUGCAGUCAUUCCGCUGAAGUUAGACACAGGGGCAAAGGCCAAUUUGAUCAGUGAAUGUGACAUCAGAGCAAUGAAGGUGAGACCACGCAUCCAUCCCAGCCCAGUGAAGCUCAAAGCCUACAAUGGACACAACAUUGACACAAAAGGCACAUGCAAACUAAAAGUGAAAAUUAAAGAAAAAGAGCAUCACCUUAUGUUUGUAGUUGUUCCGGAUGGACAUGACUCAUUAUUAGGUGACACUGCAUGUGAAAAUUUAGGCUUAGUGAGGAGGGUGUACUGCAUUAACAAUGUCAAUAGCCAGACCAGUGUGGAGACAAUAGUGAACCAAUACCCAGACAUCUUCAAGGGGUUUGGAGUCUUACCAUUCACCUACAAGAUACAACUGAAGGAUGAUGCACAGCCAGUCGUCCAUGCUCCCAGGCGCAUUCCAGCUCCCCUACGAGGAAAGCUGAAACAAGAACUGGAUAGAAUGCUGUCAUUGGGUGUGAUAAGGAAAGUAGAAGAGCCAACAGAAUGGGUGAAUUCGAUGGUGUGUGUCAGAAAAACGAAUGGAGAACUACGUGUGUGCAUGGAUCCAAAAGAUCUGAAUAACAACAUAAAAAGAGAGCAUUAUCAAAUACCUACCAGAGACGAGAUAACAAGCGAGAUGGCCGGUGCCAAAUACUUCAGUAAAUUGGACGCCUCUCAAGGCUUCUGGCAGUUAAAGCUGCAUGAGGACAGUACAAAGUACUGCACUUUCAAUACACCGUAUGGGCGCUACUGCUUCCAGAGAAUGCCUUUUGGCAUAUGCUCCGCUCCAGAAGUAUUCCACCGAACAAUGGAGCACAUCAUAGAGGGCAUUGAAGGUGUACGUGUGUAUGUUGAUGAUCUGAUCUUAUGGGGAUCUACUCUUGAGCAACACAACGAAAGGCUCAUCAAAGUGCUUCGGAGAGUCCAGAAGUACCAGCUGAAGCUGAACAGAUCGAAGUGUCAGUUUGGUGUGAACGAAAUCACCUUUCUUGGUGAUAAGUUGUCAGCAGCCGGUGUUGAACCGGAUAGAAGCAAGAUCAAAGCAAUACUGGACAUGCCAAGACCUGAAGACAAAAAAGGUGUGCUGCGGGCACUAGGCAUGAUCAAUUUCAUUGGAAAAUUCAUACCAAACUUAUCCUCCAAGACAGUGCACUUACGAGAGCUACUGCGUGACAGGUGUGAGUUCAAGUGGACAUCUGAACAUGAGGACAGCUCACAAAGGUUCGAGUCGAGUCCUAACGACCAAAGACACCACAAACAAGAGAACCAUGGCUACGGUCACUACACGGUGCAGUAA